GAAUUUAGUGAGCGGCGCGAGGAGCCGCGCGGCGAGCCUUUUUCAGCAUCUUUCGUGCAGCGUCGUCCGCGGGGGCGUGUAAACUAGAACAUAAAUUCGACGCGCGCCGCGCCUCUCGGCACAGACGCUAUUUUACUCUGUCCGGUGCACGAUAAAAGAAUAAUCAAGCCACAAGUAUGUGCGACGACGAAGUAGCUGCCCUUGUCGUAGACAAUGGAUCCGGCAUGUGCAAGGCCGGUUUCGCCGGGGACGACGCUCCGCGCGCCGUGUUCCCCUCGAUCGUCGGUCGGCCCCGUCACCAGGGAGUGAUGGUCGGUAUGGGACAGAAGGACAGCUACGUGGGCGACGAGGCGCAGAGCAAGAGAGGUAUCCUGACGCUCAAAUACCCCAUCGAGCACGGCAUCAUCACCAACUGGGACGACAUGGAGAAGAUCUGGCACCACACCUUCUACAACGAGCUGCGCGUGGCCCCGGAGGAGCACCCGGUGCUGCUGACCGAGGCGCCGCUCAACCCCAAGGCCAAUCGCGAGAAGAUGACGCAGAUCAUGUUCGAGACCUUCAACAGUCCGGCCAUGUACGUGGCCAUCCAGGCCGUGCUCUCGCUGUACGCUUCCGGUCGUACCACCGGCAUCGUUCUCGACUCCGGUGACGGCGUCUCCCACACCGUGCCCAUCUACGAGGGCUACGCCCUGCCCCAUGCCAUCCUCCGUCUCGACUUGGCCGGCCGCGACUUGACCGACUACCUCAUGAAGAUCCUCACCGAGAGAGGCUACUCCUUCACCACCACGGCCGAGCGCGAAAUCGUGCGCGACAUCAAGGAGAAGCUCUGCUACGUCGCCCUCGACUUCGAGCAGGAAAUGGCCACCGCCGCCGCCAGCACCUCCCUCGAGAAGAGCUACGAGCUUCCCGACGGACAGGUCAUCACCAUCGGCAACGAGAGGUUCCGCUGCCCGGAAGCCCUCUUCCAGCCCUCAUUCUUGGGUAUGGAGUCCUGCGGCAUCCACGAGACCGUCUACAACUCCAUCAUGAAGUGCGACGUCGACAUCCGUAAGGACCUGUACGCCAACAACGUGCUGUCCGGUGGCACCACCAUGUACCCCGGUAUCGCCGAUCGCAUGCAGAAGGAAAUCACCGCGCUGGCACCCUCCACGAUCAAGAUCAAGAUCAUUGCUCCCCCCGAGAGGAAAUACUCCGUAUGGAUCGGAGGCUCCAUCCUUGCCUCCUUGUCCACCUUCCAGCAGAUGUGGAUCUCCAAGCAGGAAUACGACGAAUCAGGCCCAGGCAUUGUCCACCGCAAGUGCUUCUAAACUACGAAAACAACGAAGCGAUAUCUCUAUCUAUUUACGUCAUACUUCUAUAUGUUCAUUAUAUUUAUUGGUAAUGCGUUGCCACUUUUUGUAAUCGAACCAUACGAAUAACGGUUCGACUAUUUUCUCAUUCACAAGCAACGUUGUAACGAAAAUUUUUUUUCAAAAUAUUUAUUCUCUUGGAACACCAGUAAAAUUUUGUAAGAAUCAA